UCGGAGCCGGAAACGUCCGGCCAAUCAGCGUGGAGGAGGGAAACGGCGAGCCCCAUAAAUUGGUGGGUCUCCGACAGAUGCCUCAGCCUCUGGACCCCAGAGAGCCCCAAACCCCGGAGAGGAGGCCGAGCUCAGAGGGAGCAGCGGCAUGGCCCGAGCCGGAGCCGCCCCGGUCCUCCUCCUCCUCCUCCUCGGUGUCCCGCUCCUCACGCUGGCGCCGACCGUCGUCCGAGGGUUACCCCUGCUCCCCGGGCGCUGCCGCUGCGUGGAAUUUCAGGACGAGAGCAUCCACCCCAGAAUCUUCUCCAAACUGGAAGUGUUUCCUGCCAGCUCCGUGUGCGAGCGAGUCGAGAUCAUUGUCACCCUGAAAAAUGGGAAGAUGACGUGUCUGAAGGCCGAUUCCCCCAAGGUCAAGAAACUGAUGACCAUUAUAAUGAAAAGGUCGGCGGGAACCGGGCCUCGCGGCUGAGGCGACAGCGGCCGCCGGGGGGCGCGCGCGGACAGCCCGCCUCCGGCCCGUGACGUCAUAAUCAGGCCCCGCCCCCGACGUCUGCGCAGGCGCGGUCCGGCCCGAGGACGGGGAGCGCGCGAACGGCGCGUUCGGCCCCACCCACCCUUUGGUGACGUCAUUCCCCGCCCCCUGAUGCGGACCAAUCAGUGGACGGGACGCGGCCUCGGGAGCGCGCGUGCGCAGACACCUCGUUCGGCCCCGCCCAUCGGGGGCGGUGACGUCAUACCGGGCCCCUCCUACAACUGUAGUAAU